AUGGGGCAGAGCACCGGGGGCCUUCCCUCUGGUGGUGGUGGUGAUGUCUCCUUAUUUGCUGCUGCUGCUGAGAUAGGUGCUGCUGCUGCUAUUAGUGCAGAGCAGCAGCAGCAGCAAGAGCUGCUGCAGCGCGAGCACCAUGGUGGUCCCAGUAGCAGCAGCCGCAGCAGCAGCCACAGCAGCAGCAGGAGCGGCCGCAGCAGCCGCAGCAGCAGCCACAGCAGCAGCCACAGUAGCAGCAGCAACAGCAGCAAGACCUGCGCUUCACCGCAGCCUGUAGAAGGAGGCCCCCCUGUCUCCCAACCUGCAGCCACAGCAGCAGCAGCAUCAGCAGCAGCAGCAGCAGCAGCAGGGGAGGCGUGUGGGGCCGCGCCAGGGAGUGCUGCAGUGUCUCCGUCUAGCAGCAUUUGUUUAGGAGCAGCAUCUCUGCUGUCUCUUUCAACAACAGCUGCCUCUGCUGCUCUCUCAGGCUGCGGAGACACCGGAAGUAAUGCAGCCUCUGAGUUAGGGGCCCCUAGCGAGGAAGGCCCAGCAGCAGCAGCAGCAGCAGCAGCAGCAGCAGAAACAGCCGCUGAAGGAACGAUGGGGGGCCCUUGCUGCAACCCCGAUCAACCCACAGACACACAGGACUUGCUGCAGCGCCAACCGCCAGCUUCACAAGAGCAGCAGGAGGAGGAGGAGCAGCAGCAGCAGCAAGAGCAGCAGCAGCAGGGACAUUUCUUGCGGCGCUCCGACAGGAGGCUUCAGACUGAACCCCCACGGGCCCACAACAGCAGCAACUUUUUAAUGCGUAUAUUCCGCUCUCUAAGCAGAAGCAGCAGCGAUAUCCCUGCUGCUGCUGCUGCUGCUGCUGCUGCAGCAGACGCGCGCCUGCAGCAGCAACAGCAGCAACGACAGCAGCAACGGCAGCAACAAGGCCGUCGACACAACACUGUUAGAGAAGCCAGUCGCAGCAACAGCAACCUCAGCAGCAGCAGCAGCAGCAACAGCAGCAGCAGCCGCUCGCCUAUGAGUUUUGUUAAGGGUUUAUCUCGUCGAGGGUUUACAAACCGCUUGACUUCAGGGGGCCCCUCGGGGGCCCCUGGGGGCCCCCAAGGCAUCACUGUUGCUGCAAUGUGUGUCUCGGACUUGGGGGGUGUUCACGUGGAUACGGGAUCGGGAUCGGGAUCGGGAUCGAGUGCGUUUGUGGGGGGCUCUCCUGGGUUUGGUUUUGCUGCUGGAGGUGGGGGGCAUCUUGCUGCAGUGCGGGCAAAUUCAGAACUCAGCAGCAGCAGCAGCAGCAGCAGCAGCAGUGGAGGUGUUCAAUGCGGGCUGCCUGUGCGUCGUGUGGGGAGCAUAUCUGUAAGCAGCAGCAGCAGCAGCAGCAGCAGCCACAGCAGCAGCAGCAGCAGCAGCAGCAGCAGCAGCAAUGGGGGCCCUUAUUAUUACUUCGGAGAGACGCGAAGAGACAAGCGACACGGCUGGGGACAGAUCGCAGACGCAAACCGUCUGCUGUUUGAAGGAGAGUAUAAUAAUAAUACAGUCUUAGGCUUUUAUAUUUGUUAUCACGAAUAUGCUACAGAGUUUGGCUACAGAGAGUUAAACGAAGUGUGCGCUGUAUGGGUACCCAGCGACAGCAAUCACUUCAUUAUCCCUCUUACGCAGCAGCACCAGCAGCACCAGCAGCAGCAGCAGCAGCAGCAGGGGCAGGGGAUGAUGCAGCAGCAGCAGGAAAGGGCACCGCCAGUGCGCAGGGAUCGAAAGUCAAAUACACUCGCUGCUUCAAAUCCUGCUGCUGCUGCUGCUGCUGCUGCCCAUAAACCUAACAGCAGCAGCAGCAGCAGCAGCAGCAGCAGCAGGUUGAGACCAGGGCAGCGCAGCGAACAGAAGCAUCUUACUAUCCAUGGGGCCCCCUCGUUUAGAAUUACUGUGACGGGUACAGAGGGGCCCCUAAGCGAAGAUGAGGGGCCCCCCUUACGUUCUUCUAGUGCUCAAGACACCCCUGCUGCUGCUGCUGCUGCGGCGGCGGCGGCGGCAGCGGCAGCAGCAGCAGCAGCAGGGCGCAGCACGAACGCACGACAUACGAGAGAGGCAGCAGCAGCAGCCAAUGCUGCUGCUGCUGCAGCAGCAGCAGCAGCACGCGAAGCCACGGUACUCCCAGGCGCAUGCAGCAGCAGCGACAGCAGCAGAUACAGCAUCUUGAGCAGCAGCCCGGAUUCUGAGCCUCCGCAGCGCCGCAAGCAAAGCCUUCGAAAGCAGCAGCAGCAGCAAAAGCAACAGCAGCAGCAGCAGGAAGAAGAAGACGCCUGCUUAUCUCCAGGGGGGCGUGUGUCUUUUACAGAGCUUCCUACUGGGGCCUCUUCAGUUCGUAAUGAAGCAUCUGAUGAUGGUGAAACUGCUUCUCGCGGAGAGGGACAGCCUGCUGCUGCUGCUGCUGCUGCUGCUGCUGCAGGUGCAGCAGCAGCAGGCGCAACAGCAACUCUGUCUCCGCCGCCGUUGCGGGGCGCGCGUCGCGCACAAACAUGUCGCUCAGUGCCUAAGACUGCAGCAGCAGCAGCAGCAGCAGCAGCAGAAGCAGCAGCAGCAGCAGGAGUAGGUGGGGAAGGGGGGGGUGUCUCCCCUGCGUCGUCCUCCGGCGACCCCAGCUCCGCCGCAGCAGCUGCAGCAGCAGCAGCAGCAGCAGCAGCAGGAGAUGGAGGCCUGAGCAGCAGACGUUUAUAUCGACGAGGAGCUACGUUCCCAGAGUUUACAGUACAAGAGAAUUUAGCAGCAGAGGAGACACCUUUAUGCGAGGGUUUGCGUCGAGGGAGCAGCAAGAGAGGGACGAUGAUAUGUGGGGGGCCCGGGGCCCCCGGCUCGUUUGCUGCUGCUGGUGCUGCUGCUGGUGCUGCAGCAGGAGUAGGGUUUCUAAGGGCUUCAGAUUGUCAUAAUCAGAGAGACCCUUUAAAACCCCACAACAGGAGACAUCUUCUUCGGCAUGGAGACAGUCUCCCCGUAGUACCCUCUUCUGCUGUACGUGUAGGUGCUUUGUUAGGCGGAGGAGGAUUUGCUAGAGUGCAUGCAGCAAAGCUCAGACAUACAGGGGGCCCCACAAAGACUGUCGCAUGCAAAAUCUUCGAUUAUAAUCCGAGGCCGACUGCUGUUGCUGCAGCACUCACAGCUAAACCCCUGCGGUCGCCCCCACACAGCAGCAGCAGCAGCAACAGCAGCAGCAGCAGCAGCAGCAGCAACAGCAGCAGCAGUAGUAGUCCAGCUGUUAGCGGCAAAGCCGCUCCGCAAAUAAACAUGAAUAAACAAAUCAACCUGAAUGGUGAUGCUCGAAAUGAGCCUCUGCAGCAGCAAAAUAGCAGCAGCAGCAGCAGCAGCAGCAGCAGCAGCAAACCGAACUCAACAUACACCGCUAUGCCAUCCGCAGCUGAUACAUUAACUUCCCCACGAGGAGGGCCCCUCACACACGAAGACCCUUCAAGCAGCAGCAGCAGCAGCAGCAGCAGCAGAAGGGACACCGGAGUGGUGGGAGGAGACCUGAAAGAGAGCGUUAAAGGCCUCCAAUCGGAAUCGGGAUCGGGAUCGAGAUCACCUUUGGGAUCGGGAUCCAUAUCAUCUACGGGAUCGGGAUCGGGAUCGGGAUCGUUAUUUGCUUCGGGAUCGGGAUCGUUAUCUGCGUCUGUCUCGGGAUCGUUAUCUGCCCCGGGAUCGGGAUCUUUAUCUGCCCCGGGAACGGGAUCGUUAUCUGCCGCGGGAUCGGGAUCGGGAUCGGGAUCGGGAUCGUCAUUGUGUGGGGUGUGGGAAGGUCGCGUUGCUCGUCUAGGGAACGUAGAUUUCUUUCGAUAUUGCCCAAUGCCAGUUAAACAUCGCGACUUAGAAGCAGAUAUUUUAGGCGUUCUUCAGCCUCAUCCGAAUGUUGUCGGGGUGUACGGUACUUGUUCGUUAAAACCAGGAGAAGAAGCUCUUUUAAUUGAAUAUUGUAACAGAGGCUCAUUAGAUACCCUUAUCUUUCCCCGUACAAGUACUUGGGGGGGCCCCCAAGGGGGUGGGGGGCCCCUAGUGGGGGCCCCUGGGGCCCCUAGGGGGCCCCCUAAGCGAAGAGGACAGCUGAGUAGACCUGAGAUUGUUCGCUUGUUUGAAGGAGUUGCUGCGGGGCUGGCGCAUGUUCAUAGCUGCGGGAUAUUGCAUCGAGAUAUUAAACUUAGUAAUAUACUCGUGCAUGAGGCUACAGCUAAGAUUGGCGACUUCGGUGUUGCUACGAUGUUUACUCCGACUGAUAGCCCUUCGGUCCUCAGCAUCUACGGCAGCAUCUUCUAUGCAGCACCAGAAGGAUACUUUCCUGCGUCGGAUGUUUGGUCGUUUGGCGUCGCCUUUUGGGAGGCACUCACUGGACAAGUCGCCUUCGAUGGUCUGUGUGCGGGAUACGUGUUUGCGUACGUGGCUUCUGGGGAUUUAAGUUUGCAUGCGCCUUCGGACUUAGUGCCGAGCUUAAAAGAGUUAUUAAACAAAAUGCUGCAUCGCGAUUAUAAAGCAAGACCCACCUUUGUAGAGAUAAGGAGACAGUUGGCUGCGCUGCAGGAGACAGCAGUGUCAGGUAUUGAAGAAGACCUCAGCGAGUUCUUCGCCUACUAA